CAGCUUUUGCACACCCGUGCAAUCUCACAAAUGCGGCGGCGCCCGUAGAUGGACACAAUCACCCUACAAUAGCAAAUCCCUGCAACUCAUUCCGCCCAGGAUGAAGCUCAAACUGAAGAACCUCAACACCGCAAGCGACGCGCCUUCAGAACCACGCCCAGCCGAAGUUCCCACGCCGAGUUCCGCAAAGUCUGGCGGAGGGCUCAAGAUCAAAUUCAAACCGGCUGCUCCUGCGCCUGCGCCUGUGGAAGCUGCAGAUGGUCAGCAUGGCGACGCUCCCAGACCGAAGCGUAAAUACACCAAGAAGGCCAAGCUUGAUGAGAGCGGCAAUCCACUUCCACCGGGGAAACCUGGCCCAAAGAAAAGGGUCCGUGAAGACAGUGACGACUACGACUCACCGGCCGCAAAGCGCAAACCGAAACCUACGGCAAAGAGCCUUGCUAUGGUGAACGAAAGCGACGACGACGAUGAUCUUGCCGCGACCGAACCAGCUCCUCCGGCUCCACGGCCAAUAUCUGCUCGCACACAGUCUAUCAAACUCUCCAUCAAGCCAAAAGGGAUGAAUGCACCACAGAGGACUGGAACCGCCAUUCUGAAGGUCAAGGGCGCGGGGAAACCACCAGUGAGACCAUAUGGCGUGGGAUAUGACAGCGAGGCAGAAGAGGCGGAACCAGAUCCGGCCAUAGAGUCGCAGUUCGUUCUACGGAUGCUACCAGGUCCAGACUGUGACCUAUUACGGAAGUCUAUUGAGGAGAAGACAAUCGGCAAGAGCGUGUCACAGGGAGGGCCCGGCGUCUACUUCCGAUUCUUCGACCGCGAAGGUCGCCGAGCCAUGAUUACUAUACAAGGUCGCUUCUAUGCUGCUUCCAUGGUCGAAUUGCCAGCGGUCGUUGAAUCGCUAAAGAGCUGGAACAAGAAGGAUUGGGUCAAGACCGCGGAUGUCUGUCAGAUGCUCCUGGUUUUGGGCAGGGUUCAGAAUGAAGAUGAAGCAAAGAAGUACCCUCGCCCCUCCUAUGUCGACCCUGACUCCCACCGAUUUCCCCAUGGCCUGACUCCACCCAUGCGAUGGGUCCGCAAGCUGCGGUUCCGGCCCCGCAAAUCCUACAUCGACGUCGAGCGAGCCGAGGCGCAGAUGAAUCGGCUGUUAGCAGAGGACGAUAACGCCCAAUCCACCAAAUACGAGAUGGUUGACAGCGAAGCUGAGAGCUCUGAGGAGGAGUCUACUUCUGAAGAGGAAGUGGAUGAAGAUGAAGAGAUGGUAAACGCUCCUCAAACGGACGAGGCUAUGGAAGAGGUUGAUGCCGGCGAUCUUGAGCAGAUGCUGCACGCAGGUUUCAUGGAGGACGAAGAGAUUGAGAUAUCAGGCAACGGCGAUGAGCUCAACGCGUUGUUUAGCGGCUCUGGCAACACCCUCCAAGUUGAGACCCCGACUACUGCCCAUGAUGUCGCCAUGCACGCGCUCAGCCAGAAUGGUAACCUCACUGUUGAGACCGAGACGGCAGCCUCGACACCAGCAGCAGCUACAUCCGCAGACGACGACGACGAUGAUGACGACGGUGACUCGGACGAAGACAUUGAUGAGGUCGAUGAGGCUGCUGUGGCUGAAGAGCAGCGGCAAGAACAGUUACGAACUGAGAUUGCUGAAUUGGAAAAGGCUAUUGCGCAGAGUGUUGAGCAGCGCGACAGGCAGACAAACAACAUCUUCAAGAAGCGUAUGCAGAACACCAUCGAUAAACAGAAGACGGAUCUAGCGAUCAAGCAGAAGCAGUUGAACGAGGAAGCGGACGAGUAACUAAGACUUCUACCGAGCGGGUUUUCCUGGAGUUGGUCAACGUCUUGAAUCAUUGCAUUGCUACGGAGUCUGGGAUUUGAGCAUUAUUACGGCGCAUGGGGGUCUGGUAGAUGGCUGUCUUUGCGUCUAGCGGUUCACACACUCUAACUAUCUUUGAUGUGGUUUCGAACUCUCUUGUACUAUGUAUGCAUUAUGCUUCCUCUGCUUUAAAUAGUACCAUAUAGUAAUGAUAUGUAAUUCCUACUCCC